AUGGCGGUGUAUUAUAAAUUUAAGAGUGCAAAAGAUUACGAUUCAAUUUCCAUGGAUGGUCCUUUCAUCUCUGUUGGCACAUUGAAACAAAAUAUUUUUGUAUCCAAGCAUUUAGGGAGGGGUACUGAUUUCGACCUACUGGUCACCAACGCCCAGACCAAUGAAGAAUACCUUGAUGAAGAAAUGUUGAUUCCUAAAAAUACUUCAGUGUUAAUUAGACGUGUUCCAGGACGGACAGGAUUACCAAUUGUUACUGAACUGCAACAAGAGGUGGGAAAUAAAGUGGUGAAAACUGAACCUGAGAACAUUAGCUUACCGGCAGAUGAUACAUCUGCCAUGAAAUAUCCUGAAAAUUUGGAUUGGGAUGAAUUUGGCAAUGAUUUAUAUUCGAUUCCUGAUCAACUGCCUGUUCAAUCGAGCAACAUCAUUCUAGAGGCUCCUCCAACUAACAAUGCUGACGAAGACAGUAAGAUUAAGGCCUUGAUUGAUACUCCGGCAUUGGAUUGGCAACAUCAAGGUUCAGACUUUGGCCCUGGUAGAGGUUUUCAAAGGGGCAUGGGUGGACGAAUGGGAGGUGGACGUGGUUUUGGGUUGGAGCGGAAAACUCCUCCAGAAGGAUAUGUAUGUCAUAGGUGCAAGGUGCCCGGACAUUUCAUUCAGCAUUGCCCUACAAAUGGUGAUUCAACUUUUGACAUAAAAAAAGUCAGGCAACCUACUGGUAUUCCUAGAUCUAUGCUGAUGGUAAAUCCACAAGGUUCCUAUGCUUUACAAAAUGGUUCAGUAGCUGUUUUGAAGCCAAAUGAGGCUGCUUUUGAUAAAGAAAUGGAAGGGUUGUCAUCUACACGAUCAGUUGGUGAUCUACCACCUGAGCUCCACUGCCCCUUGUGCAAUAAUGUCAUGAAAAAUGCUGUAUUGACAAGCAAGUGUUGUUUUAAAAGCUUCUGUGACAAAUGUAUUAGGGACUAUAUUAUGUCCAAGUCUGCAUGCGUAUGUCAUGCAACAAAUGUUCUUGCAGAUGAUCUUUUACCAAAUAAGACGCUUAGAGAUGCCAUCAAUCGCAUAUUGGAGUCCGGCAAUAGCAGUACUGAAAAUGCUGGGAGCACUUACCAAGUUCAAGAUACGGAGUCUUCUCGUUGUCAACAGCCCAUGAUACCUUCUCCUACUUCAUCUGCUACCCCCAAGGGAGAACCAAAGGCUCUACCAGUUAAUGAAGGAAUAACAAAUAUACAGGAAAUAGCUGAUGACAACAAGCCCGUCUCUGCUACACAGCAGGUAUCAGAGCAAGUGAAGAUUCCUAGAGCGGCUGAUGCAUCUGAAGCUACUCAUGAGUCUAUGAGUGUGAAGGAACUAGCCUCACAAGGGAGUGCUAAACUGGUUGAGGAAGAAGUACAGCAAAAGUUGGUUCCUACUGAUGCGGGAAAGAAAAAGAAAAAGAAGAAAGUCCGUAUGCCCGCAAAUGAUAUACAAUGGAAAACCCCUCACGACUUUGGUGGAGAGAACUAUAUAAUGCCAAUGGGCCCACCACCUCCUAGUUAUAAUCCAUACUGGAAUGGCAUGCAACCUUGCAUGGACGGAUUUAUGGCACCAUAUGCUGCUCCAAUGCAGAUGAUGGGUUAUGGCCCAGGCCCAUUUGACAUGCCAUUUGCAGGGGGUCUGUCUCAAGACCCAUUUGGUAUGCAAGGAGGAUACAUGAUGCCUGUCGCUCCACCUCAUAGGGAUUUUGCUGAGUUUGGUAUGGGGAUGAAUGUUCCACCACCUGUUAUGAAUAGAGACGAGUUUGAUGCUCGGAAUGCUAAUCUGAGGAGGAAGCAUGAAAAUGAGAGAUGUGGUGAAAGGGACUUCUCCAAGGAUCGGGAAUUUGGUAGGGAGGUGAGCAGUGUUGGGGAUGUUUCUUCGAUGAAAUCAAAAACAAAACCAAAUCCAGCGUCAACAGGUGGUGCAUAUCCUAUUUCCCAUCAACGUCAGCAACCGUCAGAUCAGAAAUAUAGAUCAUCUGGACAGUAUUCCGACCGCAACCACGAGGAUGAGCAACCACGUCCUCACAAAUCAAAAUCAGAGCACUAUUCCGGCCGCAACCAUGAGGAUGAGCGGCACAGCCACCACAGACCAGAAACCACAUACAACGAUCGCAAGCAGAAGAGCAACAUUUUUUCUCGCAUAAGCAUCUCAGCCGAGGAGGAAGCCAUUGCCAAAAAGAGAAAGACAACGGAAUCAGCUACUGCCUCAAUGGCACACGUGUCAAACGGCUUCUAUGAAGUGAGAAAAAAUGACGAUGAUUAUAGCGACGACGAUGAUCGGCAUUUCAAACGGAGACGAUCGAGGUACGAGUUAGUAGAUUCAAGAGAGCGGAAGCAUAGGUGA